UCCGGUGACUUCACAACAUCCAACAUGUCUGCCGUCAUCGCUUCCCUCGCUUCGUACGGGAGCGACUCGGAUUCCGAAAACGAGUCCGAGUCCGCUACCAGCGCCGAAAACGUUGAUCCGGAUGCCACGGCUCACCUUAAACCGCUGCAGUCUGGACAGACCAUGUCUCUGGCUAUUCUCAAUUCUGCCCCGGAGGUCGCUGUUAAGGAGGCUGUUGAGACUGGCAUACACUUGGAUCCUUCGAUGAAAGAAGUCACGUAUAACCCAACAUAUGAAACAAUGUUUGCACCUGAGUUUGGGCCGAUGAACCCAUAUAAGUCCCAGCAGAUGGCUGCCCCCAGGAACAUGCUGUCUGGCUACGCAGAACCAGCUCAUGUUAAUGAUUUUAUGUUCGAGCAACAAAGGAGGACCUUCUCCACUUAUGGUUAUGCUUUAGAUCCCUCGGUUGACACGCACCAAGCAGCAUCUUUUAGCUAUAUUGGAGCUGUGGAUGAGGCUGAAAAAAACAAAGGACUCACUGUCUUUGAAAGCGGUCAGAAGAAGCCUGAGAAAAGAAAAAAGGUCAAAGGCGGGGAUGCAGGAGAAAUUGACAACUUCCUGGGCCCGUGGGCGAAAUAUGUCGAUGAGAAAGAUGUGGCCAAACCGUCAGAGGAAGAGCAGAAAGAGCUUGAUGAGAUCACUGCUAAGAGGCAGAAGAAGGGCAGGAAUGAAGAAGAGGCUCCAGGAGAAGAGAAGACCAUUCUUCAUGUCAAAGAGAUGUAUGACUACCAGGGCAGGUCGUACCUCCAUGUCCCACAGGACGUGGGCGUCAACCUGCGCUCUGCAGAGGCUCCAGAUAAGUGUUACCUGCCGAAGAAACAGAUCCACGUCUGGUCCGGACACACAAAGGGUGUCAGCGCUAUCCGAUUAUAUCCCAGCUCUGGUCAUCUUCUGCUCUCCUCCUCCAUGGACUGCAAGAUCAAGCUGUGGGAGGUGUAUGGAGAGAGGAGGUGUCUUCGAACAUUUAUUGGUCACAGCAAAGCAGUGCGAGACAUUUGCUUCAACAACAGUGGAACCCAGUUCCUCAGCGCUGCAUACGACCGCUACCUCAAACUGUGGGACUCUGAGACAGGCCAGUGUAUCUCUCGCUUCACAAACAGGAAGGUGCCGUACUGCGUCAAGUUCAAUCCGGACGAGGACAAACAGAGCCUUUUUGUGGCCGGGAUGUCGGAUAAGAAGAUCGUUCAGUGGGACAUCCGGACAGGUGAGGUGGUUCAAGAGUACGAUCGCCACCUGGGGGCUGUCAACACCAUCACCUUUGUUGACGAAAACCGGCGCUUUGUCAGCACGUCGGACGAUAAGAGUUUGCGAGUCUGGGAAUGGGACAUCCCCGUGGACUUCAAGUACAUCGCCGAGCCCAGCAUGCACUCAAUGCCCGCUGUGACGCUUUCCCCCAACGGUAAAUGGCUGGCAUGUCAGUCCAUGGACAACCAGAUUCUCAUCUUUGGAGCCCAGAAUCGCUUCAGACUGAACAAAAAGAAAAUUUUCAAGGGUCACAUGGUAGCCGGCUACGCCUGCCAAGUGGACUUCUCCCCAGACAUGAGCUAUGUGGUGUCGGGGGAUGCAGAUGGAAAGCUCAACAUCUGGGACUGGAAGACCACCAAGCUGUACCACAGGAUCAAGGCCCAUGACAAAGUUUGCAUCAGUGCUCUGUGGCAUCCUCACGAAACCUCAAAGGUCAUCACCUGUGGCUGGGACGGACAGAUCAAACUCUGGGAUUAACUCUGAUGGCCUCCAGACAGAUUAUGUGCAGCAUUCACUGCUUCGUGGACCUUUAUUAAAUAGUUUUGAGGGAAAGCCAACAGACUGGUAUCCAGUCUUAUUGUUGAAGUGUAUUUUUGUAUCUUGACAAAAGGGCUCAAAAUAUGUACAUAUUCUGUCUGUACAAGAAUGAGCAUUUUGGAAUCUUAAAUGUUGCUAUGGCGAAAGAAAUAUUUGAGGGUUGUCAUAUGCAUUCUAAAUUUUUUUUUUUUUAAGUUUUUGGUAAGGUCCUGUGCAGUUAUUUUUUUCUUUCAUGUUUUAAAAAGUUUUUCUUAAAUCAUCUAAACAUUGUUUUGUGGAAAUCAACUUUCUGUGCAUUUCCCCUUUUUAGAAAACAACUCUGUUAUCUGGUGAAAACGUGUUUCUUUAGUCAUCAUUAAACACAAAAUCAGAAAAAAAA